AUGUCAGCAUCUACAUCUACAUCUGCACAGCUUCAAGUGGUUGAUGGUGUUGCUCUAACAGAGAUAUUCAGAGGGCUUACUUCGACCUCUGAAGAAGAGAGAUCAAAGUACGCAGAGGAACUACACAAUUACUUAUCUUCAAUUGCACGAGACUUAUCCUCCGAACAGUUUAACAGGUAUAACAACGACAUCAACAAGACCAUAUUUGAUUUAUUGCAUGGUGAAAAGACUGCUGAGAUAUUAGGUGGUAUAGCAGCGCUAAAUUCAUUGAUUGAAUUUGACUCGGGAGUGGGGAAAGAAAAUGCAGGCAAAACAGCAAGAUUUUCAAACUAUCUUGGUUCUUUGAUAUUGUCCAAUGAUUUAGUAAUUAUGAAACAAGCAAUUCGUACUUUGGGUAAGCUAGCCACUCUAGGGGGAAAUCUCACUGGAGAUUUUGUUGAUUUCGAAGCCAAAAGAGCUAUUGAAUGGCUACAGAGCGAUAGCAAACAACACGAGAAUAGACGGCAUGCAGCCAUAUUGAUCAUUACUGCACUUGCAGAUAAUGCUCCCACUUUAUUGUAUCCUUUGAUUAAUCAAGUUUUGGAAAAUUUGUGGACACCCUUAAGGGACCAUAAGUUGAUUGUUCGUGAAGAUGCUGCUAUAGCACUUGAAAAAUGCAUGCAUAUCAUUUAUGAUCGAGACGUUAACGCACGCUCGUUUUGGAUCAAACGCAUGAUUGAUCUGGCAUCAAGGUUACUUAAUGAAAACGACGCCACUGAUGGAGCUGAUUCCAGCUCCUCAUACAAUAUCACAUUUAGCGGACAGUCUACUGAAAACAUACAUGGAUCUUUAUUGACGUACCGUGAGUUACUCAAAUAUUUUAAAGAUCCGUUUAUUGUGUCACGAUUUGAACAGAUUUAUGAGAAUACAUAUUUGUACAAAAACCACAAAGUUGCAAUCAUAAGACAAGAGCUAACAAACAUAUUCCCUUUGUUGUGCAAGGUAAACACAGAAUUGUUUGUUGAGAAGUAUUUGCACCGAACAUUGUAUUAUUAUUUGUCACAGUUGAAGAAAUAUAAAGCUCAGAAUAACGAGACAGCGAAUGCUGAUAAGAGCGCUAUAUUCAAAAGCAUAGGAUUGAUUGCUUUGGAAGUUGGUAAUCAAAUUGCAACUUAUUUAGAUGCAAUAUUGGAUAAUAUUAGAGAAGGCUUAUCGUAUACUUCUACUGCAGUGGUACAGCUGAUUUUGGCCAAGGCUGCUUCAAAUGAAUCCCCAAAUAUCAGCACAACCAACAUUGCAUCCUUGACGUCAGGUUCAAAAUACACGGCCAGCAGAAAAGAGACUGAACCUGCUAUUUUUUAUUGUAUCAGCAAAUUAUCUAUAGCAGUAGGGCCAGCAUUGACAAAGCACUUGCAAAGAGAUAUUUUGGAUAUGAUGUUUGCAAACUGCUCGUUAUCAAAGCACAUGCAAGAUGUCCUUCAAAUUUUGAUAGAAAACAUUCCAACAUUAACAAACUUGAUAAAUGAAAAAUUAUUGAACUUGCUAAGUUUAGUUUUGUCUGGUAAGGGAUUUCAACCACCUGGAUCGCCAUUUGGGACUAUAAAGGUCAAUACUUCGCUUGCCAGAGAUUGCCGAUUGAUCAUGAUAUCUAGAGACACGGGAAUGAGCGCUAACACUAUUUUGAUGAAUCAGGAAAAGUAUGAAAAACUUGAUAGUAAGAUAUUGAUUCAAGCUUUAGAAAUGUUAGCAUUUUUCAAAUUUGAAAAUUAUCAGUUAAAUGAAUUUGUCAGGUACUGCACUAUCACGUACCUUGAACACAACAACGCAAAAGUGCGUCUUACUGCAACUGUUACGUCGUGCCAAAUAUUCAUUAAAGAUCCAAUAUGUCAACAAGUCAGUGUUAAUGCAUUGAAUACUGUAAACGAAGUUUUAGGUAAAUUGGUGUCUAUUUCUAUUACUGACCCAGUUCCUGAAAUUAGAUUGGCAGGUUUAAAUUGCUUAAUAAAAGCUGGAAAUUUUGAUCCACAAUUAUCGCAAGCUAAUAAUGUGAGGUUAUUGUUCAUUGCAUUGAAUGAUGAGGUUUUCGGUGUUAGAAAAGUAGCUAUACAGAUUUUGGGGAGAUUGUCGUGCAUCAAUCCAGCAUAUAUUGUUCCAUCCUUAAGAAAGACCCUUAUUCAGCUAUUAUCCAAAUUAGAGUAUUCUACCACCAGUAGAAAAAAGGAAGAAAGCGCAAUUUUGUUGUCUUUACUUAUUAGCAAUUCAAAGGAAUUAACCAGACCAUAUGUGAAGCCUAUAGUUGAUGCUUUGCUUCCCAAGGCCAAGGAUUUGAGCUCCUCCGUAGCUUCUAGUGCAAUAAAAUGUUUGGGGGAAUUGUCGGUGGUCGGUGGUGAAGAUCUCAAACCAUUUAUCCCCGACUUGAUGCCGUUAAUUCUAGAUACUUUCCAAGAUCAAAGUUCAUCUUACAAACGGGAUGCGGCAUUGAGGACUUUGGGCCAACUAGCAUUUUCUUCAGGAUAUGUCAUUCAACCCUUGCUUGAUUAUCCUCAGUUGUUAGGGAUGUUAGUAGCAAUACUAAAACUGGAGACCUCUCCAGAUAUCAAGAGAGAAACAGUCCGAUUGUUGGGUAUUUUGGGGGCACUUGAUCCUUACAAACAUAGGGAAGUCGAACAAAACUCCAAGAAUAUACCGGUUGAGCAAAAUGCGCCACCAGUAGAUGUGGCCUUGUUAAUGCAGGGAAUGUCACCUUCCAACGAAGAGUAUUACCCUAAAGUGGCAAUUACUAACUUGAUGAAAAUAUUAAAAGAUCCAUCCUUAAGUAUCCACCAUACAAAGGUUAUUCAGGCUGUAAUGUAUAUUUUUCAAACAUUGGGCUUGAGGUGUGUAGCGUUCUUGCCCCAAAUCAUUCCAGGAAUUAUUAAUGUUAUGCAUACUUGUCAAUUAUCUAUGUUAAAAUUUUAUUUCCAACAGCUAGGAGAUAUUGUUUUGAUUGUCAAACAACAUAUUCGACCAUUUUUAGAUGAUAUUUUCAAAGUCAUAAAGGAGUUCUUUAAUGUUGGCUCUCAGUUGAAUAUUCAAGUGACAAUAAUUAACGUGGUUCAAUCUGUGUCGCGUGCUUUGGAUGGAGAGUUCAAAAUGUAUUUACCUGAAGUCUUGACACUAAUGAUUGGGGUUUUUGAAGAAGAUAAAUCUGUCAAACGCUCCCCGUCUUUGCAUGUUUUGAAAAGCUUUGUUGUUUUUGGAAGUAAUAUCGAAGAAUUUGUCGACAUAAUUGUACCACAUAUCGUUAGGCUAUUUGAAACAGGUCCCGUCGAAUUGCGCAGAGCAGCAAUUGAGACUAUAGGAAGGUUAUCGAAAAAUGUUAUGUUGAACGAUAUGGCAUCUAGAAUUAUCCAUCCAAUAUUAAGAAUUCUUGGUCAAGGGAGUAUUGAGCUUCGCGAGCCAUGCAUAAACACUUUGACAUAUAUGUUGGUUCAGUUGGGUCCCGAGUUUACUGUUUUUAUCCCUGUGAUUAAAAAGACCUUGUUGCAGAAAAAUAUCCAUGCAGUCAAGUUUGAGCAAUUGGUUGGAAAAUUGAUUGGUGGAGACCCAUUACCACUACAUUUGGAUAUUUACAAAGAUUAUGAUUAUAGUCUAUAUGAUGUUGCAGAUACGGAUAUGCCGUCUAAGAAAUUGCCUGUAAAUCAAGCAUCGUUAAAGGCAGCUUGGGAUGUAAGCCAACGAAGAACUAAAGAAGAUUGGCAAGAGUGGAUUGGUAGGUUGAGUAAGGAACUUUUGCUUCAGAGUCCCUCUCAUGCCAUCAGGGCGUGUGCUGGAUUGGCAUCAGAUUAUUACCCACUUGCAAAAGACCUUUUCAAUGCUAGUUUUGCUAGUUGCUGGAGCGAGCUAUAUUCUCAGCAUAAAGAGGAAUUGGUGGAAUCGUUUUUUAUUGCACUUUCAUCACCAAGCAAUCCUCCCGAAAUACAUCAAACAUUAUUGAAUCUAGCUGAGUUUAUGGAACAUGAUGAUAAACCACUUCCAAUUGCGAUUUCUACAUUGGGUCAAUAUGCACAACGUGCCCAUGCGUUUGCAAAGGCUUUACAUUAUAAGGAAUUGGAGUUUUAUGAUCAACCUACAACGCCCACAAUUGAAUCGUUGAUUAGUAUCAAUAAUCAAUUGCAACAAUCGGAUGCUGCCAUAGGUAUUUUAAAACAUGCACAAUUGCACCAUGAUUUGCAAUUGAAGGAAACUUGGUAUGAGAAAUUGCAACGUUGGGACGACGCUUUGAAAGCAUACAACGAAAGAGAAAAAAUCGAGCCAGACAAUAUGGAAAUUACUAUUGGUAAAAUGAGGUGUUUACAUGCUUUAGGUGAGUGGGAGCAAUUAUCAGAACUAGCUCGAAGCAAAUGGGAUAGUUCAUCUAGCGAAAUCAAACGAAGUGUUGCACCGCUUGCAGCAGCAGCAGCUUGGGGAUUGAGUCAGUGGGACAGAAUGGAUGCAUGUAUUAAAGUCAUGAAAGCGGAAUCACCGGAUAAGGCUUUUUUCAAUGCUAUCUUAAGUCUCCACAGAAAUAACUUUGAUGAUGCUUCAGUGCAUAUUUUGAAAGCGAGAGAUUUGCUUGUGACGGAAAUAACUGCUUUGGUGAGUGAAAGUUACAAUCGUGCCUAUGGAGUUGUUGUGCGAGUUCAAAUGCUUGCAGAGUUGGAAGAAAUUAUCAAAUACAAGUGUUUGCCACAAGGGUCUGAAAAGCGAGCUGUCAUGCGCAAAACUUGGAAUACAAGACUAUUGGGAUGCCAAAGAAACGUGGAUAUAUGGCAAAGAAUGUUGAAAGUUAGAGCAUUGGUGAUCAAACCAAAACAAGACAUGGAUAUGUGGAUCAAAUUUGCCAAUUUGUGCAGAAAAUCUGGAAGAUUGAAUUUGGCAGAGAAAUCCUUGAAUUUAUUAUUAGAAGAAGGAUCUCCGGAAAAUCCAUCAAGAGCUCCUCCUCAAGUUGUUUACGCUCAAUUGAAGUAUAUGUGGGCCAAGGGCCAGAGGCCAGAGGCUUUGCGUCAUUUAGUGGAUUUUACCACUAGGAUGUCCCAAGACUUAGGGUUGAAUCCAAAUGAUUUGAUUACUCAACCAUUACCUUCUGAGGGUCCAGGUAUUCCAAGGCAUGUUGAAGAAUACACUAAAUUGUUGGCAAGGUGUUUCUUGAAGCAAGGUGAAUGGCAAAUUGCAUUAAAUAGCAAUUGGAGAUCCGAGACUUCGGAGAUUAUUUUGGGUGCAUAUUUAUUGGCAACCCAUUUUGACAAUAAAUGGUAUAAGGCCUGGCAUAAUUGGGCAUUGGCAAAUUUUGAGGUUAUCUCCUUGUACACUAGUCAAAGCACGUCAGCCAACAAUAAAAUAGAGAUCUUACAAGACGAACGCAAUGGUUCUAUUGAGGAUGGCCAUUCCGAAUUGAAAAAAACUGACCAGCAAAAACAACAACAACAACAACAGCAGCAGCAGCAGCAGCAAGCUAAUAUUAUACCAAUUGAAGCUGUUCAAAGACAUGUCAUACCGUCUAUCAAAGGGUUCUUUCAUUCUAUUGCAUUAUCUAAUUCAAACUCUCUUCAAGAUAUGUUGAGACUACUUACAUUGUGGUUUAAAUUUGGUGGAAUUCCUGAGGCAGCCAAGGCCAUGACAGAAGGGUUUAAUAUGGUAAAAAUUGAUAACUGGUUGGAAGUAAUACCACAAUUGAUUUCUCGGAUCCAUCAACCUAACGAAAUAGUGAGUCGCUCCUUAUUUGCUUUAUUGACUGAUUUGGGUAAAGCACAUCCACAAGCAUUAGUUUAUCCUUUGACUGUUGCGAUUACUUCUGAGUCAACAAGCCGUAAAAGGGCAGCUCAGUCCAUCAUUGAAAAAAUGAGAGUGCACUCUCCUAGCUUGGUGGAUCAAGCAGAAUUGGUGAGUCGAGAACUUAUCCGAGUUGCUGUUUUGUGGCACGAACAAUGGCAUGAUGCAUUGGAAGAUGCUAGCAGGUUUUUCUUUGGCGAGCACAAUACGGAGAAGAUGUUUGAAACAUUGGAACCAUUACACCAAUUGUUGCAAAAGGGACCAGAAACAAUGCGAGAACAAGCUUUUGCCAAUGCUUUCGGCAGGGAAUUGACAGACGCGUAUGAGUGGGUACUCAACUUUAGAAGAACUAAAGAUAUAACUAAUUUGAAUCAGGCAUGGGAUAUAUACUACAAUGUUUUCAGAAGAAUAAGCAAGCAGGUGCAACUGUUGGCUAGUCUUGAGUUGCAAUAUGUGUCUCCGGACUUGGAGCACGCCCAAGAUUUGGAAUUAGCUGUGCCAGGUACUUACCAAGCUGGUAAGCCUGUAAUCAGGAUAGUUAAGUUUGAUCCAACCUUUUCGAUUAUUUCGUCUAAACAAAGACCUAGAAAAUUAUCCUGUAGGGGAAGUGAUGGUAAAGACUAUCAAUAUGCUUUGAAAGGGCAUGAAGAUAUCAGACAGGACAAUUUAGUGAUGCAAUUGUUUGGUUUGGUUAAUACGUUGUUGGUAAAUGAUCCGGAAUGUUUCAAGAGACAUUUGGAUAUACAGCAAUAUCCUGCUAUUCCAUUAUCACCAAAAGUGGGAUUGUUAGGUUGGGUUCCAAAUAGUGACACUUUCCAUGUUUUGAUUAAAGGGUAUCGUGAAUCAAGAAGUAUAAUGUUAAAUAUUGAACACAGGCUUUUGUUGCAAAUGGCGCCUGACUAUGACUUAUUGACGUUGUUGCAAAAAGUGGAAGUAUUUACAAGUGCGAUGGAUAAUUGUAAGGGUCAGGAUUUGUACAAAGUGUUAUGGCUCAAAUCUAAAUCAUCCGAAGCCUGGUUGGACCGUAGAACAACAUACACGAGAUCACUAGCUGUAAUGUCUAUGGUUGGGUACAUAUUAGGUUUGGGCGACAGGCAUCCGUCAAAUUUGAUGUUAGACCGUAUUACAGGGAAAGUCAUCCAUAUUGAUUUUGGGGACUGUUUUGAGGCAGCAAUAUUACGUGAGAAGUAUCCAGAGAGAGUACCGUUUAGAUUGACGAGGAUGCUUAAUUACGCCAUGGAAGUUAGUGGAAUUGAGGGGUCUUUCAGAAUUACAUGUGAACAUGUCAUGAGAGUGUUGCGUGAUAAUAAAGAGUCUCUAAUGGCAAUAUUAGAAGCAUUUGCUUAUGAUCCUUUGAUAAAUUGGGGGUUUGAUUUCCCAACAAAGGCGUUGGCUGAAUCAACGGGUAUACGAGUCCCACAAGUGAACACUGCAGAGUUAUUACGGAGAGGACAGAUUGAUGAAAAAGAAGCUGUAAGGUUGCAAAAACAAAAUGAGUUGGAAAUAAGGAAUGCCAGGGCUGCGCUAGUGUUGAAACGUAUUACCGAUAAGUUAACUGGUAACGAUAUAAAACGGUUAAGGGGAUUGGAUGUGCCUACUCAAGUCGAUAAGUUGAUUCAACAAGCCACGAGUGUUGAAAAUUUGUGUCAACAUUAUAUUGGUUGGUGUUCAUUCUGGUAG